AUGAGCGACUUAGAAAUUCUUGCCAUAGCAAUGGAAGCUGCUUUAAAGAAAGUUAACUUAAAAGAAAUUAAAGAAGUUUUGAACGAUCGUCAAGAGAAGCCAGCGUUAUCGAAAGUAUCUCACGAGGUUGAAUUGUCAUCAAAAUACAACGAUGACUACUAUGAAAAGUAUGCAAACGAAUAUAUAGAAUUUACUUAUGCCAAUCCAACUAUUUUCCACGUUGUUGACUAUUUUGCUGAAAAAUUGAACGACGAGGGUUUUAAGUAUCUUCCUGAGAAAGACUCGUGGAAGUCGUUGGAACCAGGUAAAUACUACACAAUUAGACACGGUACAUCAUUAGCAGCCUUUAUCGUUGGUAAGAAUUGGUCUGCUGAAAAAGGGGUUGGUAUUAUUGGCUCUCACAUUGACUCCUUGACUGUGCCUUUGAAACCCAACUCUACCAAAGAAAAAAUAGAUGGCUAUGAAUUGCUAGGCGUGGCUGCAUAUGCGGGAACUUUGAACGAUCUUUGGUUAGAUAGAGACUUAGGGAUUGGUGGAAGUCUCUUGGUGAGAGAUCCAGCUACCAAAAGAGUCAAUCAGCAAUUAGUCGAUUCUACCCCACAUCCAAUUGCUCGCAUCCCAACGCUAGCACCCCAUUUUGGCGCUGCAUCCGAAAGGCCUUAUAACAAGGAAACACAAACUGUCCCAGUGAUUGGAUAUUCGGGACCCAAUGACGAUGAAACAGAAGCAUCGGAUGAGGAAAAAUCGUCUCCAUUAUACGGCAGACAUCCAUUGAAAUUAUUGAGAUACAUUGCGUCCCUUGCCGGGGUUAGAGUAUCUGAAAUUCUUCAAUGGGAUCUUCAACUAUACGAUAUCCAAAAGGGAGUAAGAGGUGGUUUGAAUAAGGAGUUUAUUUUCAGUCCUAGAAUUGAUGACAGAAUUUGUUCAUUUGCAGCAAUUCAUUCUUUACUCGAAAGCAAUCACGACUCGCUCGUGGAAUCGGAUUCUUUCUCGCUCGUUGCUUUAUACAACCACGAAGAAAUCGGCUCAGGAUCUGCUACGGGUGCCAAAGGUGGAAUCACUGAUCUGGUAAUUUCCAGGGUCUUGUCAUCGAAAUACUACAACCCAGAUGAUGAUUUACAUUCUCAAGAGCAAUUAAAAUUAGCUUACGCUAAUUCCAUCAUCCUCUCUGCGGAUGUCAACCAUUUGUUGAACCCUAAUUUUACUAGUGAAUACCUCGAGCACCAUAAACCUGUCCCAAAUAAAGGAAUUACCAUCGCUGUCGAUCCUAACGGCCAUUUUGCUACCGAUGCACCUGGUUUGGCAUUAGCCGAAGAAUUAGCCAGAAUAAACGACGACUCUCUUCAAUACUUCCAGGUACGUAAUGGAUCCAGGUCUGGCUCUUCAAUUGGACCCUUGAUUUCCCUGCAAACCGGUGCCAGAACUAUAGAUUUGGGUAUUUCUCAGCUCUCGAUGCAUUCGAUCAGAGCUACUGUGGGGUUCAAAGACAUUGGCUUAGGUAUUAAGUUUUUCAACGGAUUUUUCUCCAACUGGAGAAAAACCUAUGAUAGCUAUGCAACCUUAUGA